AUGACCCAGGGGAAGCUCUCGGUGAAUAACAAACCCCCCGGCUCCGAGGGGCAGGGGGAGAAGAAGGACAAUGCCUCAGCCCCACCAGCGCCUCCGAGCUAUGAAGAGGCGACAGCAGGAGAAGGGAUGAAGUCGGGUGCUUACCCUCCUCCUCCAUCAGUCCCGCUGCACCCCAGCUGGGCUUACGUGGACCCCAGCACGAGCCCGAGCUAUGGCAGCGGUGGGUACCCAGGGGACACGGAGAUGCUCACCACCUUCAGCUGGGACGACAGGAGCGUGCGCAGGGUCUUCAUCAGGAAGGUUUAUGCCAUCCUGAUGGUCCAGCUCUUGGUCACUGUUGUUAUUGUGGCUUUCUUCACCUUCUGCGAGCCGGUCAAGGGGUACAUCCAGACCCACUCUGCCUGGUACUGGGCUUCCUAUGCUGUUUUCUUUGUGACCUACUUGAUCCUCGCUUGCUGCUCCGGACCCAGGAGGUAUUUCCCAUGGAAUCUCAUCCUGUUGAGCAUCUUUACGCUCUCCAUGGCCUAUCUCACUGGGAUGCUCUCCAGUUACUACAACACCAAGUCGGUCCUCCUGUGCCUGGGGAUCACUGCCCUGGUGUGUCUGUCUGUCGUGAUCUUCAGCUUCCAGACCAAGUUUGACUUCACCUCCUACCAGGGGGUGCUCUUCGUGAUGCUCAUGGUCCUCUUCUUCGGUGGCAUCAUCCUGGCUGUGAUACUGCCCUACCAAUAUGUCCCGUGGCUCCACGCGAUCUACGCUCUGCUCGGUGCCAUUAUCUUCACUAUGUUCCUGGCGUUCGAUACCCAGAUGCUGAUGGGGAACCGCCGGUACUCGCUCAGCCCUGAGGAAUACAUCUUUGGAGCCCUCAACAUCUACCUGGACAUCAUCUACAUCUUCUCCUUCUUCCUCCAGUUCUUUGGCUCCAGCCAGGAGUGA